CAAACCAAAAAACAUUAGCCUCUCACGUGUAAUAGUUUCUGUAGCUUAAGAAAUUUAUACAAUUUGAUUCGUACGGCCACUUGGUUUUUGUUACUUCAUUUCCUUCUCAUUUUCAAGCCUUUAUAAGAAAAGCAAACCCCAUCAACCCCUUUACCAAUUUAGCCUAUCUUUGAUAGAGAAAAUCAAUAGUAGAGUAUUUUUGAAAGGAAAAAUGGCUCUUGAAACUGUUGUUUUCCAACAAGAUCCUUUCAUUUAUAGCCACGAAGAUUUUUACAAUCUUGGUGGUUUUUUUCAUGAUUAUAAUUGGGAUUCUUCUCAUUCUUCAAUAGCACAAAGCUAUAAUAACAACUCUUCAUCCCCCGAAGUUUGCACCGGAUUCUUGCCGGCGGAAUAUACUCCGGUGGAGACUCCGGUUGUUUCUUGCCGGAGAAAAAGACGGCGCACUAAAUGUUCUAAGAACAAGGAGGAAAUAGAGAACCAAAGGAUGACUCACAUUGCUGUCGAAAGAAAUCGCCGCCGGCAAAUGAACGAUUACCUCGCCGUUCUCCGAUCAUUGAUGCCUCCUUCCUAUGCUCAAAGGGGAGACCAAGCAUCAAUUGUUGGAGGCGCAAUUAAUUUUGUAAAAGAACUUGAACAACUUCUUCAAUUUUUGGAAGCUCACAAACAACAAGUUAGAAAUCAAUUAUCACCAAAUAAUGCUUCUCAACAUCCAUUCUCUAAGUUCUUCACUUUCCCUCAAUACUCAACCGGAAACAACCACCCGAUGGCCGCCGCCAGCGACGGGACA